UUUUGAUUUCCUUUUUAUUUUCAUAUGGCUCAUCUCUGAGGUUUUGCAUUUAUUGUUAUUAGUGUUAGCAUGUAUUUCUUUCCUUUCCUCAGCCUUUGUUCACAGAUUUGCACUUGAUAAACAUGUUGCCUUACUUUAGAAAUAAGGUUAAUAGCUGCCUCUUCUUAGAAAGGCUUGAGGCCUCUAAGCAUAUAUAGGCAUGUAAAAAUGAAAGGAGCUGGUGAAAUGUAAACGGUAUGAAUCUGUGCUCAAUAAAUGCUAAGCACUUAGCAGUAUUAAAUGACAAAAUUCUGUGUUGGGAUGCCUUUAAGCUGGGGAGCUAUUUUGGCUUCAAGGAACCUUGCUGUGACAAUUUUUAUAAGCAAGUAUCAUAUACCACCACACAGAUCUCACAUUACAGAGUAGCAGCAUGUGUAUGGCAUAUUAUCUAUAGUGAUAUUACGAUUUAUGUGAGUGUAAAUCAUAUGCUGUGCUUAUAAAUGGCCUUUACCCUGAAUGAAGGUGCAAAGCUUGGGCGCUUCUCUGAACCAGUAUCUGAGAGAUCUCCCCGGUAUGGCUUCAAAGCCUGAAGAGAUGCACGUUAAACGCAAAAGCGAAGUUUGGUGCUGGGAUCCCAAGGAGCGGUCCGGAUCGGGAUGCCCAGGAGGCGGCACGGCUCCACGAUGUUCUCUGUCUGAAAUCCUGCUGGAGCAGCCGCCCCCGGGGUGUCUCGGCUGUCCCCCAGCCCGCAUUAUCUCAGCGGCCGGCGCUGUGGUCGGCUCCCGGUGCUGGGAUGCGGGAGCGCUGCUGCCGCCUGGGCUCGGCGGGGCGGCGGAGCCCCCGCGGGCGGGCACCGGGGCUGGGGGCACCGUGCCUCCGCCCUCCCCGGGGCCAGGGGGCACCGCGGGGCUCCCCCGCUGCCGCCCAGCCCAGCCCGGCCGAGGGUGCGGCAGCACCGCCCGCCCCUCCAUCCAUCCUUUCAUCCAUCCAUCCGUGCGUGCAUGCAUCCUCCAUCCAUCCAGCCGCCCUCCCACCGCCCUUCCGCCGCUGUCUCGCUCCUCUCCGGGAGCAGCCCGUGCGCACCGUGCGGUGGAGCCACCGCGCCUCGGCUCCGCGGGCGGACUCGGGGCAGCCGCGCCCGGCCGCGGCCGGAGGAUGCGUGUGCAGGGCUGGCGACCUGGCAUCGCGUCGGUGCUUGGAUCCUCCCUCCUCCUUCUUCUCCUCCUCCUCCUCCCCUCCCUCCCGCUCUCCGCCUGGCAGCGCGGGGCUGGGGAAGUUGCGCUUACACGAGAGAUGGCUUCGCAGCGGGGAUCGCUUUGAGAAAAGGUCUCCCCCUCCCUCGCCUCCCCCCGUCGCCGCGGCCUCCGAACUGUCAUUCUUCCAGAAUGCCAGAGGAAAGUUCACCAAAGCGGAGUCCUCAAAACAUCCCAUACAAGGAUCUGCCCCAUAUCAUCAAUGCUGAUGGGCAGUAUCUCUUCUGCAGGUAUUGGAAGCCAGCAGCAUCUCCCAGGGCCCUGGUGUUUAUCGCCCAUGGCGCUGGGGAGCACUGCGGCCGCUACGACGACUUGGCCCAGAAGCUGACGGGACUCAACUUGUUUGUGUUUGCCCAUGACCAUGUUGGCCAUGGGCAGAGCGAGGGUGAUCGUAUGGUUGUGUCAGAUUUCCACAUCUUCAUCAGAGACAGCUUGCAGCACAUUGAUCUGAUGAAGAAAGAGCACCCUGAACUGCCUGUUCUCAUCCUGGGGCACUCCAUGGGGGGAGCCAUCUCCAUUCUGACAGCUAGUGAGCGACCCAGUGAGUUUUCAGGCAUGCUGUUAAUCUCUCCUUUAGUGGUAGCCAGCCCAGAAGUCGCUACUCCCAUCAAGGUUUUUGCAGCGAAAGUGCUCAACUUUGUGCUCCCAAACCUAUCACUGGGAUCGAUAGAUCCAAGUGCAAUUUCCCGGAACAAGAAAGAGAUGGAGUCUUACACAUCCGAUCCCUUGGUCUACCACGGUGGCAUGAAGGUCUCCUUUGUCAUCCAACUGAUGAAUGCCAUUGCCAGAAUUGAGCGAGCCCUGCCCAAGCUGACUUUGCCCAUCCUGGUGCUACACGGCUCUUCUGACAAGCUCUGCGAUAUCAGGGGCUCUUAUUUACUGAUGGACACAGUGCAGAGCCAGGACAAAACGCUCAAGGUGUAUGAGGAAGCCUAUCAUGCCCUCCACAAAGAGCUGCCUGAGGUCUCUACCUCUGUCUUCACAGAAAUACUGACAUGGAUUGGCCAGAAGGUCUCAGCAGCUGGGGAAACCAGCCAUACUUAAGAGCAAUUUCAUUUGCAGCUCUUACUGGGGUUUUCUGGGAAUAGAUGUUUUUCUUACUAGAAAUCUCUUGGGGAAAGAUCUAACAUGGAGGGAUUAUUGGAAUAUUUUAUCACACACAGCAUAAGGGAGGGUGGGGGGAGAGGCACAGGGUAGGGUAUUAUUUGCUGAUGUAAAUGGCCACUGCCCUAAUCUGGGGAAGAACUGAUAGCUGUGGGAUGCCCCUCACCCACCAAACUUUCUCUAUAGCUUCCCCUUCUCUACUUUUGCUGUGGUGACUGGGGCGUGUUUAUACUGCAAUAAUUAUUGGUAUGUAAAAGAAAUCAGUAUCUUCCACUUCAUGGUUUUGAUGCCAGGUGCAUCCCUUGUCCCCACCAACCAGUACCUUAAAAACCCUGGUCCUUGAGAGGAGAGCACUAACGAAGGUGCUGCGUGAUGAGGAGAGGCUAAAGAUGGAGUUGGCAGCUCCCUGAAGGUGAAGAGCUGAUUUUCAAGAUCAGACCCCUUUGGAUACUACCUUUUUAAGUAGACCAGGCCAGGGGAGAGCAUAGAGAGGCCUCCCCCGCCACCCUGCACAUCCUCUGUGAGUUUGCACUCGGGGAAAGCAUGUUGAACAGUGCUUUGAUUUUCAUCAUCCAAGCAGGAUCCCAGGGGGGAGAGCAGGAAUGUGGAAUCAAACCCACUUAGCACAUUUAAUUCCCAUGCUUUUCCCAUGUCAAACCCCAUCUCCUCUGCAAGAUGAACUAUUCUGUAAAUAUUCCUAGGGAUAGGGUUUUUUCUUUCCUCUUUUUUUUUUUUUUUUUUUUUUUUUUUGGAAUUAAUCACUUGUGCUACUGAAACUGAAAAAGCAAAGUCAAAGUUAUAAGAGAAUAUAGUAAUAUAUUAUAUGAUCUAUAUAGAGGUGGCUGGAAGCUGGGAAAGAAAUGGGAGGAGAGUAAGGAAGGAGUUAAUCAUUCCUUUUCUUGGCAAGGAACAAUGUUGUCCUACCAGGAUCCGGUCCUCUCACCAUAACUUUACAGUCAUAAUCUGUUGUUUUUCUUCAUCAGUUGGAAAGUGUCCUGAAAAUAAUGCUAGAGAGAAGUGCAGAGCAUCUGGUGGGUGGGGAGUAGCAGUGGGUGUCCUCAUGGUCCACUGGUUUAGCAGAAGACCCACAGCACGAGCAGAGAUCCUGUCCAAGCUCAUCCCACUCUCCUCCUCAUCAGCACUGGGGGAGGUCACUGAGGGGCUGAGCUCAGCCCUUUGGGACGUGUGGGCAGCUGAAGGCAGAGUGUAGAGUGUGAUCAUCCAUCCAGCCUCUACCCUGCUGGAUUGGGGCAUCCACAGACCCUGCUGUACAAGCUGCUGUGGAGGAGCCUGUGGAUGGGGCCUGUGGUGCAGGUAAGCCAAAUUCUAGAGCUGCCUGAGUCUCUGCUAGCAGGAGGGUGAGAGGAAAGGGUGUAGACCCUGGAUGAGAGCAGAGACAUUGUAUUGACACAGUGAAAGCUGCAGUGAUGACAGAGCGGCUGUGCGGGCCGAUUUAUUCAGCAUGAAUACACUUUUGGGCACUAUCCAAAGGGAAGGGGUUUAACCAGCAUCUCUCCCUCUGGUUUUGCAAGAAGAGAAUGCAAAUGUUGCACUAUGAGAGAGUGGGAUAUCUCCCCCAGUGACAAACCAGCCCUCACUGCCUUCCCUGGCAGCAGCAAGAAACACCACUGUGUCUUGAGCUGCUGUCCCCAGGGCUGGAUCCCUCCUUUGACAGUCAGGGGGUCACCCACCUCUUCUCCCUUUUGGAAGCAGUUCUAGCAAGGUUCAGGAGAGGGACCUCUGUGCAAUAACAGUCAGAAUCAGUCCCAUUCAGUCCUAGCAGCAUGGAUGGAUGAGAGAUAUGUGGAUGCAGGUUGUGUCCUUGUAGUUGCCCUAAGGGGCCCAAGUCAGGGAAGCUCUUUUAUACAGGUUGAUUCAGGCACUUUGGCAUUUGUAUUUUCUUGCCUCUAAAGAGAGGAACGAGCUGUAGUUCUCCCAGCAAUGCCAGCUUUUUAUUGAAAUAUUAUUGCAGUGCAAUCGGCUGUUCUCAGCAGCCCCUGCUAAACCUCUGGUGACACUCUGGGAAGGAGCAGUGAGCAGGUCACCUGCUUCCCAUCUUCCAGCAGCCUGUCUUGAGGCAACUUCUGUUGCCUGAGCAAGCUCCCUCCUGGCCAGAUGCUGCUAGAGAAAGACAGCAAGAAGAGAAACACUACAGCAGUGAUAAAUCUCACCUCCUUCUUCAGCUGGAAGGGGAAACAAGUGGGUGUGAUCCAGAGGUGACAGACGUUGCGGGGGUAGUAGCAAGAUGAUGACUUAAGGAUAGGAUUUUUGAAAGCACUUUUCUUGAGGAAGUCAGGAGGAGUAAAUCAAUGCCCACAUUCUUUACAUCCCUUCCAAAGUGACAAGCACUUUGCAGGAGGGGAGAGGGAAGUGACCCUUCAGCAGAAAGGUCAGAGCCCGUCCGCUCCCUUCAACCUGGCAGAGGAAAGUCCGUUGUCAGUGCCUUUGCUAAAAUGUGUCCUUUCACCCAAGAAACAUCUGCAGUUGAACAGAAAUAAAGGGAAACAAAUUACAUUAUCUGGGGAAGACUUGUCCUUCUGUCUAUAGCUAAGCUCAGCAGUGGCACAUGGCCUGGGGAGGCUGUGUUUGAAAUAAAGGUUAACAAACAAAACCUGCAACGAACAAUGACAACAAAAAAGCCAAAUGACCCCAAAGCCAUGGCACAGCAGCAGGUAUUGCCACCCUCAGCCACUUUUUUGAAGAGUUACCUUCUGAGGCAAUUUACACACUGAAACCUAUCGAAAAGCUGGGCACUGCCCAUGCUGACCCCACAGACCCCUGGGCUGGCUGCUGAGCAGAGAGGGGCCACAGCUCCUUGGCAGGUGGGGAAAUGAGUGCAGUGGGAAGGAGUCGGGAACAAAUCAGCCUGGGCCAGCUGAGACACUGAACUGCACAUUUCAGCUCUCUCUGCUGUUGCUGAUCCUUUUCCCUGCCUGUAAGCUCCUUUAUACUGACCCAGUUAGGUUUCACCAAGCCCCAGAGGAAUUCUUCCUUGGCUGACCAGAUUAGCAAUGAGCAGAGCAGCUGCUGAGGGAAAUGUAAUUACACUCUAUUUCCAACUGGCAGGUACCACUUGCAGGGAGCACAGCUAGCCUUAUGAAUGUUGCUGUGCAGAGCCGCACGAGAGUCUGCUCUGCCUUGGAGAACAGGUGGCACUCGUGACUGAGCAAUAGCAACGUGUAACUACUGUAUAUAUCACCACCUGUAGCACUGAGAGGCCAUUUCCCACUGCCUAACCCAUCAUGUUUUCUAUUUAGCCUGUCCUUUUUAUACCACUCACCUUAGCACACUGCCAGCACAAACCCAUUGGGAUCACAUUUCCUUUUACAAGUAAUUCCUGAGGUUGUCUCUCUUGUUCUGUUGUGUUCCAGUUCAAUAAAAUACAUUAUAUAUAUAUAUAUAUAUACAUAUAUAAAAACAUAUAUACAUACACAUGUAUUUUCAGUGGAAAAACCAUAUACAAGUUUAGGAUUCUUAAAGGAAUACAAUGUAUAUUGCAACUAAUAAUAAAGUUAUGUUUUCUGAA